AUGAAGAAGUUGUAUGUGGUGCUUCGAAGAUGUGAACGGGCUUUCAGUGCGGCGGAGAGCUACGGCGAGUGCAGGAAGAACCAUGCAGCGAGGGAAGGCGGGUAUGUGGUGGAUGGAUGCAGGGAGUUCAUGGCAGGAGAAGAAGACGAGCUCAAGUGUGCGGCCUGCGGUUGUCAUCGGAGCUUCCAUCGCAUAGUUAUGCAGUGUGAUCAGGGAUUCUGUGACUGCGGCACUUCCUUUCUGGUGAGGAGGCAGUAG